GGGGAACGAAUUAGAGGGGACAUUGCUCUCCACCCUUGCCUUUUGCUCUCUGACCCGGCAUUUCUUCUCGCCAACUUUCCGCAGCGGACUGGACAGCUCCUCUUGCUUCCAGGUGGUCUCCCUCUUGAAGUCUCUGGCUCAAGGCGGCCGGACCAUCAUCUGCACCAUCCACCAGCCCAGCGCUAAACUCUUUGAGAAGUUUGACAAGCUUUACAUCCUGAGCCAGGGCCAGUGUAUCUACAAGGGCGCCGUCCCCCACCUCAUCCCCUACCUAAAAGGGGUGGGCUUGCAUUGCCCCACCUACCAUAACCCGGCUGAUUUCAUUAUUGAAGUGGCUUCCGGAGAGUACGGGGACCUCAACUCAGUGCUUUUCCAAGCCGUCCAGAAUGGGCUGUGCACCAUGGCCGAGAAGAAGGAGAGCCCCGACAAAGCGGACGCCGCUUGUCCCGGGCGAUGCAUGGCGGAUCUGGACCACAUUGAGAGCCAUACUUUCGCAACCAGCACCAUGACCCAGUUCUGCAUCCUCUUCAAGAGGACGUUCCUGUCCAUUUUGCGAGACACGGUGCUCACCCACCUGCGGUUCAUGUCGCACAUCUGCAUCGGUGUGUUGAUCGGCCUACUCUACCUGCACAUCGGCAACGAUGCCGCCAAGGUCUUCAACAACACGGGCUUCCUUUUCUUCUCCAUGCUCUUCGUCAUGUUCGCCGCCCUGAUGCCCACCGUCCUCACUUUCCCCCUAGAGAUGUCCGUGUUUCUUCGAGAGCACCUGAACUACUGGUACAGCUUGAAGGCCUAUUUUCUCGCUAAGACCAUGGCGGACGUACCUUUCCAGGUGAUCUGCCCCAUUGUCUACUGCAGCAUCGUGUACUGGAUGACGGGCCAGCCCCCCGAAGUCACCCGCUUCCUGCUCUUCUCCGCCCUGGCCACCUCCACCGCUCUGGUGGCUCAGUCUCUCGGGCUUCUGAUCGGAGCGGCUUCCACCUCCUUACAGGUGGCCACUUUCGUGGGCCCUGUGACAGCCAUCCCCGUCCUCCUCUUCUCCGGCUUCUUCGUCAGCUUCAAGACCAUCCCCUCCUACCUACAAUGGAGUUCAUAUGUCUCUUACGUCAGGUACGGCUUUGAGGGCGUCAUCCUCACCAUCUACGCCUUGGAACGUGGGCAACUGGAGUGCAAGGUGGAAAAUUGUCCCUACCAAGAUCCUGCCAAGAUUCUGGAAGUCCUGGAGGUGGGGGACGCCAAACUCUACGUAGACUUCAUUGUCUUGGGUGUCUUCUUUGUCAUCCUGAGGCUCGUGGCCUACCUCAUCCUCAAGUACAAGGUGAAGUCCGAAAGAUAA